ACGGCGACGAGCAGUUACCAACAAGCAGCAAGCCGGUAAAUAACAAACUAAUAAGCGCGCAUCUUUCGAUUAUAAUCUAUGAAGAUCUAAAACACUAGGAGUAAAAGUAAAACAAAGUGAUCGUAGAAACUGCGAAGCAGAAGCUAUUGAAAAAGAAACAGCUCAAAGAAUUUGCUGGAAUUUUUUAAGCGUGGAGUUUGGUCGAAGACUGUGAAGAAAGACAUACAUAUGUACAUAUAAAGAUCAUUUGUAAACAGAAAAAACUUGUGACACUUGUUUUUAAACAGUUAUAAAUUUUAUUUGUGUUAUAAAACGUGAACUGUUCGUAAAAAGAAAAUAAAAGAAAAGAUAGUUAAAUAACCAUUUAAGUGCAAUCUCUAAACAAAUUCAAGCAGACCGAGAUAACCAAAAAUUCAUUUGCUUUUUGUGUCAACGCAAGCAGCAUUAGAAAAGAGUUUUACCCGCAGAUCGCAGACUUUGCGCUAACCAACGACAAGUGUACCAUAAAACUAAGCGACAACAACAAAAAUGACAGGUUUCAAUUUGAACGGCACCAGCCUGCUGAAGACCAAAGCCCUCAAUGGCAACAGCAACGGCGACGCGAACGGCAGGAACAACUACAUUGCCGAGGAAUGUCCCAAUGAUGCCGCCGGCUCGACGUCCGCCAACAAUAACAACAACAACAAUCAGCAGGACACCUUGGAUGAAGUCGAAGUCGAGAAUCGCAUUAAGAUGGUUAUAAAUGAAGAAAACUAUUCCUAUGAGCUGAUCAAAGAGAUCGCCGAUUACUUUUUGGAACGCACCAGCAUUCGGCCCGUCAUCGGCAUCAUUUGCGGCUCGGGCUUGAAUUCGCUAGCCGAUCACAUUACCGGCACACAAGCCUUCGAGUAUAAGGACAUACCGAACUUUCCCGUCUCUACGGUGGAGGGUCAUGUCGGCCGCAUGAUCUUCGGCUAUUUGGAGGGCAUGCCCGUCGUUGCCAUGCAGGGUCGCUUCCACUACUAUGAGGGCUAUCCGUUGGCGAAAUGUUCCAUGCCUGUGCGUGUCUUGAAAUUGGUCGGUAUUAAGUAUUUGUUCGCCACAAAUGCCGCGGGCGGUCUCAACCCGAAAUACAAAGUCGGUGACAUCAUGAUCGUGCGCGACCACAUCAAUAUUAUGGGCUUUGCGGGCAAUUCGCCGCUGCAAGGGCCCAACGAUCCACGCUUUGGUCCACGUUUCCCGCCCAUGACGAACGCCUACGAUCGUCAUUUGGUGCGUAAGGCGCGUAAAGUGGUGCGUGAGAUGGGCAUUGAGAAUGACGUGCAUGAAGGUGUCUACACCUGCCUGGGUGGUCCCAAUUACGAGACUGUAGCCGAGUUGAAAAUGUUGCGCAUUAUGGGCGUGGAUGCGGUGGGCAUGUCCACGGUGCACGAAGUGAUCACGGCCAGGCAUUGCGAUCUGACGGUGUUCGCUUUCAGUUUGAUCACGAAUAAGUGUGCCUUCGACUAUGACAGCAGCGAGGAGGAUGCCAAUCACGAGGAAGUCGUAAUGGUCGGCAAAUCGCGGCAAACGAUUUGUGGUGAAUUAAUGUGUCGCAUGGUGCGCGAGUUGGCCGAGGAGAUGCAGCAGAAGAAUGGCAAGAAAUAAGCGCUGAAACCGGGGGAAACGAACCAAAAAUAUCUUAGUUUGUAAUCAUAGCAUAGCUUGCUACGUAGUUACGUAUAAAGAAAAAUAAAAAAAGACAUAAGUAAAGAGUAGCGUGUAAAACCAAGUGGGAGCGAGAUAGCGCGCGUUCGUAUAUAAUCUGGUUACGCACCUAGCACAUACACAAACCACUGGCCGUUUAUAACUACAGACACGUAUUAUGAGGUAACACUUAAGCGAUGUAAGAUUACUCCGUAGCUUUGCACUAGAUUUGUAGUUGUAGACAGUUUUUAUUAUGUUUUGUGUUGGCUCAGUUUGUUGACUCUGUAUGAUCUAUGUAUUUAUGUAUGUAGACAGUUUUAUAUACAAUAUUAUUAACAUUACGGUAUUUGUACGCGUUCGACUUUGAGUCACCCACUACUUGUUGCAUUUAAUAUUGUAGUUUUUUUUAUUUUUUAUUUCAUAAAGACAGUCCAAGGCGUGCAGUAAGCCAGUGAAUAUGUAGCGCUUUGGAGCUAAUGCGUGUCCAAUACUAACUAAAGCGUUGUCUUCUGUAUUAUAUAAAACUUAUUUAUUAUUUUAAGUGUAAAGUAUACAUGUGUUGUACUUUUAGCAUUUACAUAUUUACUAUAACUGUAUUCGACAUUAUUUAUUAGAAUGUACUACUCUUUUUAAAGAAGAUAUGAAUUUGCACAAUAAUGAGUAUUUGAUUGACGUAUUGAAACAAUUCAUUGUAUUUUGGAUCAAAUAAUAAAACAAUUAUGUAUGUAUU